AUGCUGCAGAGCCUCAGAGAGGAGACAGAGCCUCAGUCACACACUGCCUCGCUGGACACACCCAUCGUGGACUGUGCAAGGAGGAAAGGUGCCCACCACCGAGAUCCAGUGUCUUACUGCUGGGUCACUGGCCUUACUGUCGCCAGUGCAGUGCUGCAUGGAACAUUGCCAUCUGUCACCCAUCUCCCAGCAAAACAGGAAGACUACAUCCGCGAUUGGACUGCUCAUCGAGAAGAGACAGCCAGGAUCAGCCAAGAUCUUGCACUCAUUGCUCGGGAGAUCAACGACGUGGUGGGAGAGACUGACUCGGUGACGUCCUCGGGCACGGCCCCUAGCACCACAGUAAGCACUGCUGCCACCACCCCUGGCUCUGCCAUAGACACUAGAGAAGAGUUGGUUGAUCGUGUUUUUGACGAAAAUCUCAACUUCCGGAAAAUCCCUCCACUCGUUCAUUCUAAAACUCUGGAAGGAAAAAAUGGUCGGUCUGGUGAUUUGAGAGCUCAGCCAGUAGAGCUUCCUGACCACCUCACCAUUACAAGACCGAGAACCUGGAGCAGGGAUGAGGUCAUGGGGGAUAAUCUGCUGCUGUCAUUUGUCUUUCAGUUCUCUAGAAAGAUAAGACAGUCUACAGACAAAACAGCUGGAAAAAUCAGGAUAUUAUUCAAACACAAAGAUCGGAACUGGGACGAAAUAGAGAGCAAACUGAGAGCUGAGAGUGAAGUCCCCAUUAUAAAGACCUCCAGCAUGGAGAUUUCUUCUAUCUUACAGGAACUGAAAAGAGUUGAAAAGCAAUUACAAGUGAUCAAUGCCAUGAUUGAACCGGAUGGAAUGCUGGAGGCUCUUAACAACAUGGGCUUUGCCAAUGCCAUUUUGCCAUCUCCACUCAAACAGAAAUCCAGCCCAGCGAACAACCACGGCAGCCGGGGGCAAAGCCUGACCCUGUGCCCGCCGGACGCCAGGGCUCGGCCUCCCGACGCGCCCUUGGCCUCUGCCAAUUUUGACUUUAUACAUUUCAACAGGUUCAACGUCGAUGGGGAGGAGGAGGACGUUGCAGUGCAUGAAUGA